CUAAGAAACUUCAGUUUCCUUCACAUGGCUGCUCAAAGCAUUGCCUUUACAAGUAAGGAAAUCUCUUGUUGAACUCUUCACAAAUUCAUCAGUUUCAUAAAACAUGAAGUCCCUUCACGAUUGUUUGCCAUUGCUUUUCGUUGUUGUUUUCUCAUUGUCAUGGGUGAAUGCUUCAGCUAAUAGCAAUGAUUAUUUUCUUGAUUGCCUUUCUUCAUAUCAUCCCGAUGAAUUCACUUCCUUUUCUAAAGUUAUUUACACUGAGACAAACUCUUCAUAUUCAGCAGUUUUGGAGUCCUCCAUUCGGAAUCCAAGGUUUUCUACGCCAAAUAUCCCAAAACCAUUGGUUAUUAUAACACCAUCGAACAUUUCCCAUGUUCAAGCAACGAUUCAUUGCUCCAAAAAGCAUGGCCUCCAAAUUAGAACUCGGAGUGGAGGUCAUGAUUUCGAAGGCCUUUCCUAUGUCUCUCAAGUCCCGUUUGUCGUUAUCGAUUUGGUUCAUUUUCGAUCCAUCGAUGUUGAUGUCAAAAAAGAAGAAGCAUGGAUUCAAUCAGGUGCGAUCACCGGUGAAGUAUACUACAGAAUCAAUGAAAAAACCACCAAUCUUACCUUCCCAGGGGCUCUUUGCCACACUGUGGGAAUUGGUGGGUUCAUUAGUGGUGGAGGUUACGGCUUCUUGUUCAGAAAAUAUGGUCUUGCAGCUGAUAAUGUAAUCGACGCGCAGUUUGUCGGUGCUAAUGGGAGAGUUCUUGAUAGAAGAUUGAUGGGGGAAGAUCUGUUUUGGGCCAUUCGAGGUGGCGGAGGAGGAAGCUUCGGGAUCGUCCUGUCAUGGAAGGUAAAGCUGGUUCAUGUUCCGUCAACUGUGACUGUUUUCUCAGUGGGCAGGACCUUGGAACAAAAUGCAACACAGCUUCUUCAUCGUUGGCAAUACGUUGCACCCAAUCUUCCAAAUGAUGUAUACUCAGUCGUUUCGAUAUCAUCAAUGAACUCUACUGAAAAUGGGGAAAGGACUGUUCUAGCAACCUUUACUUCAGUGUUUCAAGGUGUUGCCGAUGAGCUGAUUCCAUUGAUGCAAGAACGAUUCCCUGAGCUUGGACUCCUUAGAGAAGAUUACAUUGAGAUGACUUGGAUUGAAUCUAUAUUGUUCUGGAACCAACUUUCAAAUGAAACAUCGGAGAUUUUACUCGAUAGGAGCAAUAGGAAUUCCCUUGUUCCUCUUUCAUACAAAUCAAAAUCUGAUUACGUAAGGAAACCAAUGCCAGAAAUAGCAUUACAAGGGCUAUGGUCCCGACUUCUCAAGGUCAACGAAACAAGCACAGCAAUUGUAAACAUCAUAUCUUACGGAGGAAAAAUGGACGAAAUCCCAGAGACAGAAACUCCAUUCCCUCAUCGGAAAGGCACCUUAUACAAGAUAAACUACAACAUCGUUUGGCAAGAAGAGGAAAACAGUAACCCCCAAAGGUAUAUAAGUUGGAUGAGGACACUUUAUAGCUACAUGGGUCCAUUUGUUUCAAAAUCUCCACGAGCAGCUUAUGUUAACUAUAGAGAUCUUGAUAUUGGACGGAAUAAUGAUGAUGGCAAGACAAGUUAUAAACAAGCAAGCGUUUGGGGCCGUAAAUAUUUCAAGAAUAAUUUUGAUAGGUUGGUUUAUGUCAAGACAAAAAUUGAUCCAGAGAAUUUCUUCAAGCAUGAACAAAGCAUUCCUCCUCGUUUUCAUUAACCGAAAAACAAAGAUUAUGUUAUGAGUUGAAUUUAUUACCUAACAAUUCUACAUCGCUAAGUAGCUUUUAGGUGUUUUUUAGAAUA